AUGUUCGCAAAGACUGUCACAUCGUUUAUGAUUCUUGCUGCUGCUGCCUCGGCGCACAUGCAAAUCAACUACCCUUGCCCCCGUUUCUCGCCUCACUGCGCAACCACUCCGGAACUUCCUCCUGGCGAGUCUCUCAACUACAAUUUGGCCAGCCCAAUCGGCUCUGGCGGUGAUAUUCUCGCUCCUCUGUGCCACUCGCAGACCGCCUGGCCUCAGGUCAACGAGAAGUGGACUGCCGGUCAGUCCAUCACCGUCAAGUUCGCUCAAGGAGGUGCUGCUCACGGCGGUGGCCACUGCGAGUUCUCGCUGUCGUACGAUGGCGGCAAGACCUUUGUCGUCGUCCACCAGGAACUGAAGUACUGCUUUGUUGGCAGUGCUUCGUCUAGCAACACCGCAAACACUCUUAGCUACACCUUCAACCUGCCUUCGGAUCUGCCUAGCACCGAUCACGCUGUGUUUGCCUGGUCGUGGGUUAAUGCUGUCGGUAACCGCGAGUUCUACAUGGAUUGUGCUGAUGUCUCAAUCUCAGGAUCCUCAAAGUCGUUCACAGGCAAGGAGAUGACGAUUGCCAACUAUGGCUCCAACUACCCUACCAUUGGCGAGUUCAAUGGCAACUACGACACUGGCCUCGAUGUCUACAGCAAGGCUAAGCAGAUCACCGUCACUGGAAAUGGCUCGUCAUCUAGUUCGUCUAGUUCGUCUGGUUCGUCGUCCUCUGCCGCUCCAGCUUCUACCUCUGCUGCCCCAAUCACUACUGUCAACGAGAAGUGGACUGCCGGUCAGUCCAUCACCGUCAAGUUCGCUCAAGGAGGUGCUGCUCACGGCGGUGGCCACUGCGAGUUCUCGCUGUCGUACGAUGGCGGCAAGACCUUUGUCGUCAUCCACCAGGAACUGAAGUACUGCUUUGUUGGCAGUGCUUCAUCCAGCAACACCGCAAACACUCUUAGCUACACCUUCAACCUGCCUUCGGAUCUGCCUAGCACCGAUCACGCUGUGUUUGCCUGGUCGUGGGUUAAUGCUGUUGGCAACCGCGAGUUCUACAUGGAUUGUGCUGAUGUCUCAAUCUCAGGAUCCUCAAAGUCGUUCACAGGCAAGGAGAUGACGAUUGCCAACUAUGGCUCCAACUACCCUACCCAUUGGCGAGCUAAGCAGAUCACCGUCACUGGAAAUGGCUCGUCGUCAGGCUCGUCAGGUGCUUCGAGCCUCGCCAGCAUCGUAUACUGCUUCGACUGCUUCGACUGCUUCGACUGCUUCUACCCCGAUUGA